AUGACCGAAGAGAAGUUCUCGUGGUACCAAGUUGCUUGCGCAUUUAAAAGCCCACACGUCUUACUUGCGGCUGCUUCUCUGUUCAUGAUUGGAUCGAACCUUUAUGGAUUAGCUUAUUUUGAACCUAGCAAUAAGUUUGGUUAUUCCGCGAGAAUGACUCAACUGGUUUCCGUGCCACCAUUCGCCGUAGGAUUCGUUGCGAUGCUCGUGUCGUCUUAUUUAUCAGACCACUAUGGGGCACGGGGCGCCACUGCCAUAGCAAUGGCAUCUCUUGCUUUUGCUGGCUAUCUCAUGUUCAUGAUUAGCAAUUCGACAGUCGUUCGAUAUUUCUCACUAUUUCUUUCAACCGCGGGCAUCUAUUCUGCUUCCCCAACUCUAUAUGCUUGGAUAGCCAAUAAUAGUGCUCCUCACUAUCGCAAAGCCACGGCUAUCGCACUGGGCCCCAUAGCCGCUAAUACGGGAGGAAUCGUUUCAACAUGGCUCUUUUCCAGCUCACAGAACACUCAUUACCAGGCGGCGCCCAUCGUUAACAUAUGCUUCUCGGCUGGAAUCGCAAUUCUUUGCAGCAUUAACCUGAUCUGGCUAAGAUCGUGUAACCAGAAGAGAGAGGCCCAAAAAGAGGAAACGGACGUGUUGACGGAAAAAGGCCAAUCAAUCGUUAAGAACAUGGAUUAUGAAGAGUGGCUCAGAUUGGGCGACAAAUACCAGACCUUCAGAUAUGCUUAUUGAAAACCACACCUAAACCACUUCGCCCGUCUCACUAUAUUGCUUUGUACUUAUUCUACCACAUGUAUGUUUAUUGGACGAGUAAGCAGGAUCUUCCACAU